CCAAUGGCUGCGUCGUGUGUGACCAAGGUGGAGCUGACAGUCUCCUGUGAAAACCUGCUGGACAUGGAUGUGUGCUCCAAAUCUGACCCGCUGUGUGUCCUGCUCAUGAACACAUCGGGAAACCAGUGGUUUGAGGUCGAUCGCACUGAGAGGGUUAAGAACUGCUUGAACCCCAAAUUUGCCAAGAAGUUUGUUGUCGAUUACUACUUCGAGGUUGUUCAGAAACUCAGAUUCGGGGUUUACGAUAUUGACAAUAAAACCGUUGACUUGAGCGAUGACGACUUCCUGGGUGAGUUCGAGUGCUCGCUGGGACAGAUUGUUUCCAGUAGCAAGCUGACGAGACCUUUAGUGCUGAAGAACAAGAGACCUGCAGGAAAGGGAACAAUUACGAUCAGUGCGGAGGAAAUCAAGGACAACAGAGUAGUGGAUUUUGAGAUGCAGGCCAGAAAACUGGACAAAAAGGAUUUCUUUGGAAAAUCAGACCCCUACCUGGAAUUUUACAGGCAGACGGAAACAGGCUGGCAGCUUGCUCAUAGAACUGAGGUUGUGAAGAAUAACUUGAACCCUUGCUGGAGGCCUUUUAAAAUCCCUCUACAGUCUCUCUGUGCAGGAGACAUGGAGAAACCAAUCAAGGUUGAAUGUUACGAUUAUGACAACGAUGGAUCUCAUGAUUUGAUAGGGAUUUUUGAGACCAAUAUGAAGCGUCUGCAAGAGGCAUCCCGCAGCGCUCCGGCAGAAUUUGAGUGCAUAAACAGUAAAAAGAAACAGAAGAAGAAAAAUUAUAAGAACUCGGGAGUCGUGAGUGUGAAGCUUUGUCAGAUUACCAGGGAAUACACCUUUUUGGACUACAUCAUGGGAGGCUGCCAAAUAAAUUUCACUGUGGGCAUAGACUUCACAGGGUCAAAUGGUGACCCCAGGUCACCCGAUUCUCUACAUUACAUCAGUCCUCAAGGUGUGAAUGAAUAUCUCUCAGCCAUCUGGUCAGUUGGGCUCGUGGUCCAGGACUAUGACAGUGACAAAAUGUUUCCUGCGUUUGGAUUUGGCGCCCAGAUUCCUCCUUCAUGGCAGGUGUCUCAUGAGUUCCCUCUCAACUUCAAUCCCGCAAAUCCGUUUUGUGCUGGUGUGGAGGGUGUGGUGGAGGCCUACAGGAUGUGCCUUCCUCAGGUCAAACUUUACGGGCCUACGAACUUCGCUCCCAUUAUUAACCACAUGGCUAGUUUCGCACAGCAGGCUUUACAGCAGAAGACAGCGUCGCAAUACUUUGUCCUGCUGAUCAUCACGGACGGAGUGAUCACAGACAUGGACCAGACGCGUGGAGCUAUAGUGGCCGCCUCCCGCUUGCCCAUGUCAAUCAUUAUUGUGGGCGUAGGCAAAGCCGACUUCACAGAUAUGGAGAUUCUGGACGGAGAUGAUGGGCGACUGAGGUCUAUCACGGGAGAACCGGCCGUACGUGACAUUGUGCAGUUUGUGCCCUUCAGAAAGUUCAUGAACGCGCCCAGGGAAAUGCUUGCCCAAUGUGUACUGGCAGAAUUACCACAACAAGUCACGUCCUACUUCAGAUAUAUAAACCUGUCGCCUCCACACGAGCCAAAACAAUCAUAGGCAUGGACAUUCUCCUAAAGAGGAGCUCUCCAAGUGUGUUCUAGCCGAGGUUCCUGGUCAGGUCGUCAACUUCUUUAAAAUGAUGAAGCUCCCGCCUCCGACGUCAAACACUCCAGUGGAAGCUCAGACCGGGCCGACACAGAACUGAAAGACACAUAUAACUCCACAGCUGGACAUCAUCGACCUGCCCAUCUAACUUAAGGCCUUCUUAAAGAGACAUACAGUACCACUUGAUACAUUUGUGUUGGUUUCAAUUUCAGUUAUUCAUUUGUUUACUUUUUAAAAAUCAUUUAAUAUGUCUUCACGUGUUUUGUUCUGCCAAAUGAUCUUGCAGUCGUCUGUUAUAGAGAGCGUUUGGAUUUAAGUAUCCCACUCUAAAUGAUCAGUUAUUGAAAAAUAAAAAUAAAAAUCGGGUAUGGAGUUUAAGUUUAACGUCAACCUUGUUAGUGUUGCAGGUGAGAUGACCGAAUACAGCAAUGGUAUGAAGGCAUUUAUUUUUUUUUAUCUCCAGUGUCAUUCCCACUAACUUACAAAAUUGUUUACAGUCUGCAUUAUCUCAAUAAUAUUUUUGUGUCAUUAUCAUUCUUAUAUUCGUAUAUUUGUAUAUGAUUUUUUUAACCAUUGCCUGAAAAAGCCAUUUCUUCAUAAACUGUGUCUAGUGCACAAUAUUAUAUUGAUCACAUUAAUGUGCCUGAUCUUUUGCAGUUUCUACACAGAAAGUCGUGCAUGUAUGUUUGAUUUAUAUCUAAGGAUAGCAUGUGGCAGCUUUUUACCUGCCAUGUUUUAAUUUUAGCAGAAAGCACUUGCAGCUAAAGCCACUGAGGAAUGGUGCUCAGAUCUCAAUCUAUAAAGAUGCAAGCCAUUGAUACUGACGUCUGGAUGAGUCAGUCCUGUUAUGUGCCUGAAUGCACUAUGCAUUAAUACAAUAAUAGUACCGGUAAUAUGCUCAGGUAAUCAGCUUUUUGAAUCAGUAUUAACCAUUUAAGAUGCAAAUGAUGUUUAGUUUGCUUUACAUUUGAUCUGUAACAACACAUCGUGCUCAAUUAGUGCUGAGAGGAGUAUAAUUAAAUCAUCUUAAAGGUAAUUUAAAUAAAACUGUUUUUGUUUCAUCAGAUACGGUAUCAUAAUGUAAUGUGUCAGCUCAGCAGUUGCUGAUAUGCCUGUAGCAUGCCUUGUUUCACAUACAGUAAAUAAAACACCAAAAAGUG